CCGGAGUCAGUGGGCCGCUGUUGCGCCAGCCGUGAGGAUGUCGGGGGACCGGGUCGGCCCGCUGCUGCUGCUGCUGGUGCUCCUGGGGUCGGCUCUCGUCGGCGCUCAGACCAGUGCGGACUGUGGCGCCGGACCGGUACUGCCUGUCCUGCUUGUGUGUCGCCUCCAGCGACUGCGACCUCGGCGCCCAGUGCAGGCAGGUCGGCGGCCGCUCCUUCUGCGGCCCGUUCUACAUGACCGAGAACUUCUGGCUCGACUCGAACGUGACGGCCGACCAGCGCUUCAGCAGCUAUGAUUACCUGACGUGCGCCAAAGACGUCGGCUGUGCGGGCGAGGCGGUGACACGCUACCUUUCCAGGCACCCGACGGACUGUGACGGCGACGGCCGCAUCACCUGCAAGGACUUCGGUCUGACGCACCUGCUGGGCCACGCGCGGUGCCACGAGCCAGAGCGGCGCCGUGACGCCGAGGACACGGUCUUUGUCACGCGCUUCGUGCAGUGCCUGCUGGACACGCUGGGGCUGCUGAGCGCUGGUGACAGCCUCGAGCAGGACCUCGACGCCCGCUGCCGACUCCACAGCCCGGGCCGCAUUCCACCCAGCGUGCGGCGGGCCGUCCCCGCCGUCACCAGGCAGCAGGAAUAG